GCCACGCAGGAAGUAGUUCGGCGGCCCAUUCCCGGCGACUUGCUUCUCCCGCUGACGUCUCACCGGUCAAAUCCACCGACACCAGCGGCGCCCAGCGAGCGAACGAGCGGACCGCCGCUCCAUCUUCAGGCCGACUGCGCUGGUCCCUCGGCGGCCCGGCGGAGCGCGACGAGCCGCCGCCAACCGGACCGCAGCUGAGGGGCGCUCGGCGGGAGUCAAGCACACCGACUCGCUCGGAGGGUCAGCGGGACCGCGAGAGCUUCCCGACGGCACCCCGCCUCGCGCGCACACAAUGUCAGCGGCAAGGAGAGCCGCCUAGCAGCUCUCCUCUUCACGCGUCUGGAGCCCCGGCCUCCCGCGGGCCUGCCGGGUGGAUGAGCGGGACCACCUGACCGCCCGGCCGGCGUGUACGUGCACGGGGGCGGGGGUGGGUGGGCGCGGGGUCGCCGCUGGCGGGGGCCCUUCAGCUUGCUUGGGAUGUUUGCAUGAGACUCCGACACUGGGCACGACUCUGCUCUGAGGAGGAGGAAGAAGAGGACGACGAGGAGGAGGAGGAGGAGGAGGAGGAGGGGGGCCGAGCGUCUGCAGGAGGCCGGACAGACGAGCUCGUCCCCGGGGGAGGAUGUGAAGAUGGGUCCGCUAGUGGCGCUCGUGUGGCUCUGGAGCGGCUUCGUGCGCGGCGUGCACGCGCAGGGCGUGUACGCGCCACCUAGCGUUCGCAUCGUGCACUCGGGACAAGCUUGCAACGUGGAGGAGGAACGCCACAGCGAGCGAGUCUACACCAUCAGAGAAGGCGAAACGCUGGAACUGCUCUGCCUGGUGACCGGACACCCGCGACCGCAGGUGCGCUGGACCAAGACGGCGGGAACUGGUUGGGAGCGCCAAGGGGACUCCGGGGCGCACAACGACACCUUGAAGAUCGAGAGCAUCGAGCGGCACCAAGGGGGCCGCUACUACUGCAAGGCGGACAACGGCAUGGGGACCCCCGCCAUCCGCUCCAUCCGAGUGGACGUGUACUUUCUGGACCAGCCGCUGAUCACGGUGCACCAGAGCGUGGCCGACGCCAAGGAGCUGUUCUACUCGGAGAGGACCGUGUUCCUGCGCUGCGUGGCCGCGUCCAACCCGCCCGUGCGCUACACGUGGAGGAGGGGGCGGCAGGUGCUGUCGGAGGGAGCCGACGCCGGCGUGGACAUCUACGAGCCCUUCUUCACGCAGGGCGAGACCAAGAUCCUCAAGUUGAAGAACCUGCGUCCUCAGGACUACGCCGACUACACCUGCGUCGCCUCCGUCGGGAACGCCUGCCGCAUCGCCGACAGGAUGGCGCACUUCGGUCUCAGCAACAGGACGGCCCCCCCCUCCGUCAAACUGCUCCAGGACGACCCGCUGGUGGUGAACCCCGGCGAGACGGCGACGCUGCUGUGCGCGGCGUCCGGCGGCGACCCCCCUCCCGCUCUCAGCUGGCUGCGUCCUGGUGGUGAGGCGCUCCCCAAGGGGAGCGUGAGCCGGGGGGGCGCGCUCACCAUCCCCGCGGUCGCCGCCGCCGACGGCGGCGUCUACACCUGCCUGGCCGACAACAACGUGGGCAACGCGGCCAGGAGGUCGGCCAACGUCCUCGUUCGAGGUCUGCGCAAGGCUCGCUUCUGGAUCACCCCGGACCCGUACCACAACGACGACCGCAUCCGGAUCGGCCGCGAGGUCAAGAUCAGCUGCCAGGUGGAGGCCACGCCCCCCGAGGAGCUGCGAUUCGACUGGCUGAAGAACGGCCGGCCCCUGCGCAGCUCGGAGCGCAUGGUCAUCACGCACUCGGACGCCGACGCCUCGCCGGGCGUCACCAACUUGGACGUCAUCGACCUCAAGUUCACCGAUUUCGGAACCUACACCUGCGUGGCGUCCCUCAGGGACGGAGGGGCUCCCGAGAUCAGCAUCGACGUCAACAUCUCGUCCACCACGGUUCCUCCCGAGCUGACGGUGCCCAGGGGGCGCUCUCACAUCGUGGCCCAAGAGGGCGAGGCGGCGGAGCUGCGCUGCUUGGUGUCGGGCAAACCCAAGCCCCUCAUCCUGUGGUCCCGCGAGGACGACGGUCCCGAGGACGGCGCCCGCGCCGAAAGCUACGACGGCGUGCUGAGGCUGGCCAACGUGACGCGGGACAUGGGCGGGGCCUACCGUUGCCGGACCAGCCCGUACAACGGCUUCAACGUCAAGCCCCGACAGGCGCUGGUGCAGCUCCUGGUGCAGUUCCCGCCGGCGGUGGAGCCGACCUUCUCGGAGGUCCGGCAGGCUCUGGGCCGGGCCUUCUCGCUGACGUGCCGGCUGCUGCGCGCCCAGCCGGCCCGCCCGCUGCGCUACGAGUGGAAGCUGGGCUCCCGCCUCCUGACCGUGGGCCAGUUGGACGAGCGGCGCGACGACACGCGCUACCAGGUGCGGGCGCUCAACCGCGAAGGCUACGGCGAGUACACCUGCGACGUCAGCAACCAGGCCGGCGCGGGGAGAUGCGCCUUCCUGGUCACCGGGAAGGCGUUCCCCCCCGAGUUCUACUACGACACCCCCGGCGCCCUGUGGCAGAACCGGCCCCGCACGUACGGCUUCACGCUGCAGUGGACCCAGAUGGAGCCCGCCGGCGUGGACCGCAUCCUGGCCUACAGGCUGGGCAUUCGCCAGGUGGGGCAGGGCCGCCUGUGGGAGCAGCAGAUCCCCAUGGAGGCCAACAUCCACAAGGGGGAGCUGCUGAGCCACAACCUGACGGAGCUGGUGGUGCCCGAGUCCUACCUGGUGCGGCUGACGCCCAUCACGCGCUACGGCGAGGGCGACGCCGCCGAGCGCGUCAUCACCUACCGCGCGCCGGUCAAUCCGCACCUCAGGGAGUUCCAGUGCGCUUUCGAGGACGAGGCCUUGUGUCUCUUCUCUCAGGAUAAAAGCGACGACUUUGACUGGACGCGCCACAGCGCCGCCUCCCGCGACACCAAGUACACGCCCAACACCGGACCCAGUGCCGACCGGCGCGGCUCCAAGCAAGGGUACUACGUUUACAUCGAGACGUCCCGGCCCAGAUCGGAAGGCGACAAGGCCCGCCUCCUGUCGCCCUCCUUCAACGCGGGCUCCAAAGGCGGCGCCGCCUACUGCCUGGCCUUCUACUACCACAUGUACGGCAAGCACAUAGGGGCGCUGAACGUUUUCCUGCGGCAAGGAGGCGCGUCGGAGGUCGCCGUGUGGAGCCUGAGCGGCAACCAGGGAGACCGAUGGCACCGCGCCGCCGUCAACGUGCACCCCACCGCCGACUUCCAGGUGGCGCUGGAAGGGGUGCGCGGCGCCGGCAUCGAGGGCGACAUCGCCCUGGAUGAUGUCACCAUCCAGGAGGGCCAAUGCAAAGACCCGCCGUCCAACAACCUGAUCUCGCUGGCGCCGCCCCGCCAGCCCGGCAGCUGGCUGCUACACGUCAGCCUAAGCUUGACUCUGAUCGGGCGACAGAGGUGACAUCGCCAUGACGUUUCGCACCCCCCGCCCGCACCCCCCCCCCCCCCAUUCCACCUUGAGCCGGCCGCCGUUCUUUGGCGGCUGUUAGCUUGGCAUUCUUUCCCGGUUGUUUGGCGACAGCGACCCCGCCGACCCCUGGUCCGAGAUCAACCUGUCAAACGAAAAGGCCGACAAACCACACACAC